AUGGAUGGUAAUCGAACUUAUGCCAAAAAGCAUAGGUUACCCUUAAAAGAGGGUCAUUUUGCGGGAGCAAAUGCCUUGGUCAAGGUUCUUGAAUGUUGUUACAAAGUUGGAAUUGAACAAGUUACGAUCUAUGCUUUCUCCUUGGAGAAUUUUAAUCGAACUAAAGAAGAGGUUGAUACAUUAUUUGGCUUACUUCGUGAUAAAUUGAAAAUGAUCUCCGACUAUGAAGAUUCAUAUGCUAGAUAUAACAAGGUUAGAAUUAGGAUCAUUGGCAACAGAGGGUUCAUACCACCAGAUAUUUUGAAAGAUUUGGAAUACAUUGAAGAGGUUACUAAAAGCAAGUCGUCUAAGAAAAUUCUCAAUGUUUGUUUCCCUUACACCGCAAGGGAUGAAAUCACUCAUGCUGUCAGAUCAGUUGCGAAAAAAAGGAUUGAAGGAAAGAUCCAAAGUCGUGAAGAAAUUGACACCAAAGUUAUUGAGUCAAAUUUUUACUUUGGUGACGAUGUGCCUCCGUUAGAUAUCUUGAUUCGUACUAGUGGUCAUACUAGAUUAAGCGAUUUCUUAUUGUGGCAAUGCAAUACAGAUUGCACUAUUGAAUUCCCUGAUGUCUUAUGGCCCGAUUUCGGAUUUUUAAGCAUCAUGUCAAUUUUAUUCAAGUGGAGUUAUUACAAAACUUUACAGUUGGAAGAGGAUGCCAUUAGAGGUAAAGAGCCACAAGUUCAAAACACAAUUUCAACUGUGUUGUUGAAAGAGUUGCCACAACCACCACCAGUUGCUACUGUCUCUCAAAAUUGA